CAAGAAUUAUUUUGCUUAUAUAAAGAAGUGUGCUUGCCAUUUAAUAUGUUAAUUCUGCCAACUGUGCCAAAACCCAGACAUCAUAGCCAUGAACAAGUUCGCUACCCUAGCGGUUAUCUUCUGCGCCUGCAUCGUGGGCAGCUCUUAUGCCAACUACGGUGGCUACCAGAGCUACGGACCCCGCAACUACGGCCAGGAAGGCUCUGCUGCCUCAUCCGCCAGUUCGGCAGCUGCCGCCGGAAGUGAGGGACAACAGCAGCGUUAUGAGCGCCCCGUGGAGAUUAUUGCCGGAGGACCGCGUGGCGGCUAUGGUGCCGAGAUCCUGCGUCCCGUCCAGAUAAGCGGAGGUUAUGGCGGCGAGUCCCGUCGUGGCUACAACAACGGUGGCAACUACCGUCGUGGUGGAUACGGACCCAGGUGGACCGUCCAGCCCGCCGGAGCCACACUGCUGUAUCCCGGACAGAACAACUACCGCGCCUACGUUUCGCCCCCGGAAUACAGCAAGGUGGUGCUGCCCAUCCGUCCCGGUGCACCGGUGGCCAAGCUCUACAUCCCCGAGAACCAGUAUGGCAACCAGUAUGGCAGCCAAUAUGGAGGAUCCCGCAGCAGCGGCUACUAGGCGCAUACUUGAUCCCAGCCAACCUGGCGAAUACUUGAUCUCAGCCUGAUGGUGUACAAAAUAAACCACAACAAAAGAAUCAUAA